AUGGCAUUCAAGUUCGCAGCUGCAUUUACCCUUCUUGCCGUCGCCAGUGCUGGUUUACUUCCCGCCGCACAGGUGUAUCAUACAGCUCCCGCUGCUCACAUCGUCAAGGCCGCUCCAGUAGCCUACGCAGCGCAGCCAGUGCUGACCAAGGCCGUUGAAGAAUACGACCCACAUCCUCAAUACAAAUACAGCUACGAUGUGCAGGAUGCCGUGUCCGGUGACUCAAAGAACCAAAUUGAGGAGCGCGAUGGCGAUGUCGUUCGCGGUGAAUAUUCCCUGAUUGAUGCUGAUGGUUUCAAGCGCACUGUGCAGUAUACCGCUGACCCUGUCAACGGUUUCAAUGCCGUUGUCAGUCGCGAACCGCUGGUGAAAUCCAUUGCCGUUGCUCCAGUUGUGAAAGCAGUUGCCCCUGUUGCGUAUGCUUCCCCAGCCUUCAUCAAACCUGUCGCACCAGUGGCUCACGCUUACGCGGCUCCCUCUUACACCACAUACACCACCGCACAGCACUAA